AUGCCGGCCGCCCGUAAACGGAAACGCCACGCUGAUGGUCCGGAGACGGCCUCUGCAACGACUCACGGCCCCUCCACUGGCGCAACGGGAGCCUCGCGCCGUGCGACACGGCAGAGCUCGGUGCCCCCAAUUGAUGUACCUCAAGAUCCAGAGCCGCGAACCCGACGGCGGCGAUGCGGUGACGCUCCCGACCAAUCUGUUCCAGUUUCACAACAAUCACAGCAAGCCUCUCAGUCACCUCGCGGAAAGGAGAACAUGGCUCUGCACCCCGAACUACAGCCACAUCUACAGCACCAGCAGCUGCCCCCAAAGUCAACAACGCGUCUGACCCGCCACAGCUUCCAAGCACCCGGUUUGGAUGCCACGCUUCCGGCCCCCACCAACAUGCUCGCUGCCGUUCCGGCCACGACGACGAUGACGACGAUGUUCAAUGCGCAACAGCAACUGGCCGCAAGUCCGCGAGCGACGGCGUCAACGAUCGGACCGAGAAAGGCAAACCGCGCCUUCACGAAGAAUGACCGCUUCACUCCCCACCAGCAAUCCGUCUUACUCGGGCGCAACAAGCCAAUCAUCAUGACCACAUCAGUCGCCCAGCCCGGACCGAGCUCCGCGUCGAAAUCGAAUAAGAUCAAGCCCGAUGGGACGUUAAGAGCCACCGCGGAGACGGCAGCCCGGCCGGACCGUAAUAUUGACAAGGUUGUGCUGGGAAACAUCUGCUUCCGCGCGUGGUAUCCGUCAUACUAUGGAAAGGAGGUGCUAGGUGACCUAUCGGGAGGCAGCACAAAGGUGGAGAAGGGGACGAACAACAAUGGGGUGCAGCAACAACUCCAACACCAAGAUGCGAACGAUGGCGUGAACGGAACGUUGCCGCAUUCCCGCCGCGACCGUGACCAUCACACACCCAUGCUCGACCGGCUGUACGUCUGCCCGUCCUGCUUCAAAUACUCCAAGGAGCUAGUGACGUGGUGGGAGCACGUCCGCUGGUGUGAGCGCCGGGGUUAUCUGCCCGGAGAUAAAAUUUACACACAUCCCCAGGGGAGGCGCACAACCCUGGUAUCCUCCGGCCCGGGGCCGAAACACGGCAGGGGGAAGCGGACCAGCGCAGGACAGAAGAUGGUUGAGAAGGUAGUGCAGGACGAGGGUGAAUGGAGCAUCCGCCAGGUGGAUGGGGAGAAAGACGUGCUCUUCUGCCAGAAUCUCUCACUCUUUGCCAAGCUAUUUCUCGACAACAAGUCCGUCUUCUUCGAUGUUACAGGAUUUGACUACUUUCUUCUCGUUCAUACGCCGUCAGCCGUCCCACCUUCUUCGUCCAAUGCCGAUUCUAGUACCUAUCGUCCCAUCGCCACACCCGAGCUGUCCUCCGUCCAGAACUCGGGCACCUCCAACCCCGGUCGCAGCCAAAUCGUCGGGUUUUUCUCCAAAGAAAAAAUGUCUUGGGAUAACAACAAUCUGGCGUGCAUCCUCAUCUUCCCGCCCUGGCAGCGCAAGGGCCUUGGUGCACUGCUCAUGGGCAUCUCAUACGAAAUCUCACGCCGCGAGGGCGUGUUAGGUGGACCAGAGAAGCCUAUUUCAGACCUCGGAAAGAAAGGGUACAAGCGUUUCUGGGCAGGCGAGGUGUGCCGCUGGCUUCUAGCAAUAGAUGAAACGAAGGAGAUUGUGGUUGAUGUCGAGGCGUGCAGUCAGGCGACGUGGAUCGCCCCAGAAGACUGUCUGCUUGUGUUACGGGAAAUGGCCCUCGCAGAGGACGCAGGAGUCGAUCCCGCGAUCUCCAACUCUGCCACCUCUUUAACCUCAAUACCACAACCGGGGGAUCAACAACCAAUGGUCCCGCGUGUUCGUAUCUCCUUAGCCACGGUCAGAGCCUGGGUUAGCUCCAAUAGGAUCAGUUUGGAAAGGGUUUGUGACCCGGAGGGCUUUAUUGAAGGGUACGCGACAAAGAAGACGGCGGGACUGGCAACCUCGGAGGAACCGAAUUGA